AUGGCCAAACAUCUUAUUCAAAUAGCGAUUUUAGGUUCACAAGUUAUUGGUCGAGCAUUUACUCGUGCACUUCGUCAAGAACUUCAAUAUGCAAAAACUGCACAACAAAGUGGUAAAACAACAGCUAAAACUGCGCAAGCUGAUCGUGUCACUGGUAUAAGCCUUCAAGAAGCAAAACAAAUUCUUAAUAUUCAUGAUGAUGCAGAUCUAAAUGAUGUUGAAAAAAUAAAAAAACAGUAUGAACAUUUAUUUGAUCUCAAUGAUAAAACAAAAGGUGGUUCAUUUUAUUUACAAUCGAAAAUUUAUCGAGCAAAAGAACGUCUGGAUCAAGAACUGAAAGUAUCAUCAACGGAGAGUUCUAAUCGAAAUAAACAAAAAGAAGAUCCCAGUGAUUCGACUCCAAGUUAA